GCAUCUUUGAGUGACUACAUGUAGUCACGGCAAGAGAGCUUUAAUACAGAAAGUUUGAUUGCACGAUCACGGAAUGGCCAGUUAUCCAACUGUGCAAGAAAAAGAUGGCGACUGGAUUGGUCCUAAGUAUUGUCUUGUUCAUGGCGUUAGAAUAUCUGAAUGGGUUGCAGAUCCAAACCUUGGCAAAGAUCUCGAGGAAUUUCAGACGAGAAAAGAUGAUGUUUUCGUAGUCAGUUAUCCCAAAUCAGGUAAAUAUAAGUGUACUUUCAGUAUAAUCCUGCCCAACAUCGGUUAAUUUUAGGCGAAACAAUGUGGGACUUUCGUCAGCUGCCACAGUAGGAAUAGAGUGUGUAUAAAAUGCGAGCCAUGCAGUCCAUUGAAGAAUCAUUGAAAAAAAAACACCAUAAAAAUCGAAAACAGUAAUACGAAAAACAUUAACUGAACGCUAACCGUUGUAAAUAAGUGUUUAACCCUAAACAGCGCUUAACCCUAGCGCUAAAAUGAGUGCUUAACCCUAAUCCGUAAAAUGAAAGCUUAUAUAACCCUCGCGUGACUCGCAUGGCUCGCUGGCUCGCAGUUUGUCAAGACCCGUAGGAAUACCGUGAACAUCAUGAAAACUUCAUUACGCAGACAAACUAUCGUCACGCUAUUGAUGCUAGCGGUAAUUUUCGGGUGCGAGUCUUUUCGCCAACGUCCUGUUCGCUUAUGACGUAAGUGGUUUCGCCUGCUAUGAGAAACAACUAGUUCAUUUCCCAGCUCCUAAUCAAUUAUGCCAAAUAAAUUGUUUUUAAGAUAGACACCCCAAUUUUCGUCAUCGGCAAAAACCCAAUUAUUAGAAUUAUUUUCGUCCCGAAGUUCACUUGAUGACGAGGAGAGCUGGCGAUGAAAAAGAAGAUUCCACUAUGUGGAAAGUCACUUCGCAAGACGUAUUCGUGGCUUGCGAAAUUGUAGCAAUGAGGUGCGGAGUGCAAAUAAGGACUUUCAACGGUUAACCACGAGUACAGGAUAUGAUACUUUCCACGGAAACGUGGUUAACCGUUACCAGAAAAGCCGUGUUUUCCUCAUUUUGAGCUGUCCUUUUCUUUGAAAGUCAAAAACCAGUUUGCUGUUUCAAAGUUCUCCUUCCAGUUUUCGUGCCGACAAUGGACAUAACAUAGACAACGUAGGGUUUCGCUUGAGAAUAAUAGUCUAAAUACACAGACAUCAGACAUGUGCGCUCAUGUCACGCUAUUUGUGUUCAUUACCAUGUCACACAGCGGAGUCUCCGAAUAUCAGUUAAGGCUGCGUUCACACGUAUCAGGAUAUUUUGAAUCUCCGGAUUCGGCUUCCGUCCACGCGUAUCCGGUGUAUCCAGCAGACGAAUCCGCCACUUUUUGAAUCCUCUCUCCAGAGUGGAGAUUUUUUAAUCCCCUAUGUAUCUCGAAACGUGUUAACAGAUCGACUAGUUCUUUACCGUGAAUAUUGAAUAUUCAACACGGUCCGAGCAAAGAAAAAAUUGCGGAUUCAAAAAUAUCCGGAUACGUGUGAACGGGCAAAUUCGUUUUGUAUCCGGAUACGUGUGGACGUGGAAAUUUUUGUGUCCGGAAAGAAAAAGUUGAGUGUUCAAAAAUAUCCGGAUGCCUGUGAAUGGCGUCUAAGAAAGACAACAAAAAACGUGUGACAAAAAACAAACAAACAAACAAUGACACGCAUAGUGGUGGAUCUGGGGCAGAAACGUUUAGACCAAAGCAGGACUAAACCCAGGCUUGCCCUGGUUCUUGAUGCUUUACCUUAUCUCUUAAAAUGAGAGCCACUAGUCAUUCAUUUUACCUUUACCUCAUUUGAAGGUCUGGAUCAGAGACCCUCCCCCCCCCCAUUACCUAAUACCCUACCAGCACCUUCUGUCAGGGUCUGGUCAGUUCAUGAGUGCCCCUAUUACCCCACCUCUGACCCUACCAGUAUCUCGACUCAAGGUCUGGAUAAGCGCCCCUCUUUACCUUACCCUACCAGUAUCUCAACUCAAGGUCUGGGUCUGGAUAAGUGCCCCUCCUUACCUUACCCUACCAGUAUCUCGAGUCAAGGUCUGAAUAAGCGCCCCUCCUCACUAUACCUUACCCUACCAGUAUCUCGACUCAAGGUCUGGAUAAGCACCCCUCCUUACCUUACCCUACCAGUAUCUCGACUCAAGGUCUGGAUAAGCGCUCCUCCUUACCUUACCCUACCAGUAUCUCAACUUAAGGUCUGGAUAAGCACCCCUCCUUACCUUACCCUACCAGUAUCUCGACUCAAGGUCUGGAUAAGCACCCCUCCUUACCUUACCCUACCAGUAUCUCGACUCAAGGUCUGGAUAAGCACCCCUCCUUACCUUACCCUACCAGUAUCUCGACUCAAGGUCUGGAUAAGCACCCCUCCUUACCUUACCCUACCAGUAUCUCGACUCAAGGUCUGGAUAAGCGCUCCUCCUUACCUUACCCUACCAGUAUCUCAACUUAAGGUCUGGAUAAGCACCCCUCCUUACCUUACCCUACCAGUAUCUUGACUUAAGGUCUGGAUAAGUGCUCCUCCCUAGCUUACCCUACCAGUAUCUUAACUCAAGGUCUGGAUAAGCACCCCUCCUUAUCUUACCCUACCAGUAUCUUAACUCAAGGUCUGGAUAAGCACCCCUCCUUACCUUACCCUACCAGUAUCUCGACUCAAGGUCUGGAUAAGUGCCCCUCCUUACCUUACCCUACCAGUAUCUCGACUCAAGGUCUGGAUAAGCGCCCCUCCUUACCUUACCCUACCAGUAUCUCAACUUAAGGUCUGGAUAAGCGCCCCUCCUUACCUUACCCUACCAGUAUCUUAACUUAAGGUCUGGAUAAGUGCUCCUCCCUACCUUACCCUACCAGUAUCUUAUCUCAAGGUCUGGAUAAGUGCCCCUCCUUACCUCACCCUACCAGUAUCUCAUCUCAAGGUAUGGAUAAAUGCCCCUCCUUAUCUUACCCUACCAGUAUCUCAUCUCAAGGUAUGGAUAAGUGCCCCUCCUUAUCUUACCCUACCAGUAUCUCAUCUCAAGGUAUGGAUAAAUGCCCCUCCUUAUCUUACCCUACCAGUAUCUCAUCUCAAGGUAUGGAUAAGUGCCCCUCCUUACCUUACCCUACCAGUAUCUCAUCUCAAGGUCUGGAUAAGCACCCCUCCUUACCUUACCCUACCAGUAUCUCAACUUAAGGUCUGGAUAAGCACCCCUCCUUACCUUACCCUACCAGUAUCUUGACUUAAGGUCUGGAUAAGUGCCCCUCCUUACCUUACCCUACCAGUAUCUCGACUCAAGGUCUGGAUAAGCGCUCCUCCUUACCUUACCCUACCAGUAUCUCAACUUAAGGUCUGGAUAAGCACCCCUCCUUACCUUACCCUACCAGUAUCUUGACUUAAGGUCUGGAUAAGUGCUCCUCCCUAGCUUACCCUACCAGUAUCUUAACUCAAGGUCUGGAUAAGCACCCCUCCUUACCUUACCCUAUCAGUAUCUCGACUCAAGGUCUGGAUAAGAGCCCCUCCCUAGCUUACCCUGCCAGUAUCUCAUCUUAAGGUCUUGCUAAGUGCCCCUCCUUACUUUACUCUACCAGUAUCUUACCCUAUCAGUAUCAAAUUUUAAAAUUAUAACAUUAAACUGAUCCCUACGUCAUGAAGGUGAUAGAAAAAACAACGGAAAAACAAAACAAAACUAAAAUGGCGAAUGAUAUUUGGCUGAUAUUUUGGCUUGCAACACAAACCUUCAACGGGGCAUAAAAAGUGCCUUCCUUACCUUACACUACCAGUACCUCAUUGUCUGGAUAAGUGCCUCUCCUCGGGGUCUUAAUUAAGGCCCCCUUACCUCACGUUAUUUAUCCUCAAAGUUAGCCAGUGGCGAAACUAAACGCAAAGAUGGUCGCCUGCUGCCCAGCUACAUUGCAGAGAAGUUUUUAAGAUUCAGUGUAGCUCAUUCCAGGGAAACAAGAAAGAGUAAAAGAAAUUUAAAGUUGUGCAGAAUUAAACAAUCAUACUGACAGUGCUCAUUUAUGUUCGGUGCUGCACUCUUGUGGAACAGAUGUCCGGAGGGUUGAAAAACUGCUCUACCUUGAAGUCUCUCAAAAACAAAAUUAAGCGAAUUGAAGUUUGUAAAUUGUAAUGGACAAUCUUCAGCAAUUCCUUAGUUAGUUAAUCUCGCCUAUAAUUCAUAGUUUUUUGAUUGUUUAUUGUGUUUUUUAUUUUUUUUUUUGUGAGGGCCAUGUGUAGAUUAUCAAGGAAUAUUAAGUACUAUCCUCAAUAAAAAAGUUUUAUUACUAUUAUUAUUGUUAUUAUUAUUAUAUUCAACUUUAAAAAUAUGUACAAAAUUUACAGAAAUAUUUGAAGUAUUUUAAGAAUUAAGCACCAUAUAACAUUAAGAAUUAUAUAAAUCAUAAAAAUACAGUCAUUGUGUUAAUAACGAUUUCCCAAAUACAUUCCUUGCGGCUCAGAUGCGAUCUCUUGCAGGCGGUCCAGAGUUUUAAAUUAAGACAUUAUUAUAAUAUAAGAUAUACUUUAAGUGUAAUUAAUUGCGAGUGAUUUUCUCUCUCAACAUCCGAGUCCAAACCAUGGACUUUAGGAGACAUACACAGGGAAUUUUUGGUGAUUCCCAAAGUGGGAAAAAAACAGGAAAUUUGUGGGGUUUUCUUGGGUUUUGGUUGUAAUUUCCCAAAUUGGGAAAAUGCUACCAAAACCAAUGUUGGGUUCAAGUAAACCCAAUAAAAACCCGCAAAUUGGGAUUUUAGUGUACCAACUUUAACCCAGGAAUGGAGUUUUCGCGUCCCAUAUUUAUCCCAUUAAUGGGAUUUUACCAACCCACAAAAACCCCAAAAAUGUGAUUCAAUUGUCCCAGUUGAACCCCAAUAGUGGGUUAAUACUGGGCCAUCUGAAACCCAAUGUACGGAUUAUAUUGGAACAGUAAUACCCCAGGUAAUCCCCAAUUAGUGGUAUAACAUGGGUCCACUUUUAUCCCAUUCAAAGGAUAGUAUUGGUCCAGUUGUAAAACACAAAAUAAAGGUUCGACAAUAUUAAUGGUUAACAGUAACAUUUAUUCAGAUGACAAUGCAGGUGUCAAUUCAAACUGGUUGAUUGUUACUAAACACGUAUUUAAUCUGUAUCUCUUUAUGUGAAAAUAUAACGUCCAAAAAAAUACAAAAUUAUUGAAAAAUAUAUCAUAAAAAUAUAUUAAACUGUUUACUUAAGUUCAUUCAUCAAUCAUUAAAGCAACGUCUUUAUGCAGAGUUAUUGUCGAAGGCUAUUCCGUACAUUCAUCAAACAGCUCAAUUCCUUUAUGAACACAUCAAAUGUCCUAACUUCAUUUUCAUGGUUAAGAGCAACAUUGAUAUCAGAACCACUAUGGUAUUUAGUUAUAGCUAAGUCGUACCUGGGAAAAAACAGCGUCAAGUCAUAAUUACAAUAAAUGAACCAGUCUCUUGUAUAGUUUUUACACAGCGGACAUGUCAGAACAUUCUUAUAUAUUUCCUCUAAUACAUCGAAGUCUGCCAUCUCAAUAUUCCGCCAGAAUAUAAUUAUUCUAAAGGAUUCCGUGGACGAUUUGCAGCAAAGACCACAGUCAUCUGUAUAAACAAAAAAGGUGGAAACUUCAUCUAUAAAAACGAACAAAUAGCACCCGACAAGAGACAAUCGAGCUUCGUACUAUCUCAACGGAGCAACCAAACACAAGUUUACACACAUACCUUCCUCUUUAAUGCGCGAUUCAGCUGAGUCAUUGUUUAAUAGAAGACGAUUUUGAAACAAGACAAAUGUAAGCAACCUCACAAGUGAAUAUUUUGCGUUAAAAUCUUUGGAUACUUUCAUUAUAAAGACAAUCCGUUUGCACACCACUGUUGUACUGCACAGAAGUCCGCCAAAGAUUUGAACCAAGAAAACUGAUCUUGUACACAUUUCUAUUGGUUCAAAAGCCCCACGUGAUGACGCAAGUCACUAAGCGGAGGCUUGGAAUCCAGUUCAAGUACCAAACAUGGCGGCAAUUCGACGGCACGAUGGCGAUUGUCUGUCUUUGAAAGCUUUAACUUGUGGUCCGCACUAUGCCGACGCUCAUGAAGAGUAAAGCAGUGAGAAAAAAAUAUUGCAUGGUUCUCCCAGGUGAGGGAACCUUUGAAAAAAGGCAGCGGGCCUAUUCACAGAUGCGGCGAAAAAUGUAGUUCGCCGAAAACUCCAUGCCAACAAUCUCAUUAAUCAGAUUGGACUCGAGUAAUUGGGAAAAUUUCAGCUCUCAACAGAAGACACCUUGAUAUCGAGAAGAGUUAUGCGCUUAGUGGGAUCAUUCAUAGUUAAUUAUAUUGAAGCGGCUGCGUGCGAUCAAGUGCAUGCACUGAAUUACCAUACUUCUAGUUUUCAAAUAAGCCAAUGAAACUUUAACUGUUUUGUUCUAAACUUGGCAGAUAUGAUGUUUCGAAAAUUAAACUUUUUAAACAUUAUUUGUACACUAUGUAUGUUGGUAUUUCAAGAGUAUGUAUGUUGGUAUUUCAUUUCUUUCAAAACUAAAUUCAACAUUUGGGAAGAUUUACUAGUUACCAAACAUUAUGUGUAUGAAAAAUAUUAUUCUUAAUCCUUUUCUGUUUUUGGAUUGGAAUUUAUUCAAUAUUUCCCAUAAAAGAAUAUAAUUAUUGGUCUAACCCUUACAUUUUAAUGCUAACACAAGAUUAUUGUAUUCUUUCCUACCCAAUAGUCAUAAGAAUAACAAAUCUAGAUUUAAUCAAAUCCUUUUCCAAGGUGGGGAUUUCUUGUCCCUUUCAUUUUCCAAAAUUGGGAAUAGCAUGUUGCAAUAUUUCCCAACUUGUGGAAAAAUAGCCCCAUUAUUUUCACUAUUUUGGGAAAUAAACCCAUUGGUUUCCCAAUGUUGGGAUCUUGGAAUCUAUAUAUUGCAUAUUUUCCCAAACUAAACACGGCAUCGGGAAAACGUAACCCUAACUUUAACCAACUCUUUCCCAAGGUGGGGAUUUCUUGUCCCUUGCAUUUCCCAAAAUUGGGAAUAACAUGUUGAAAUAUUUCCCAACUUGUGAAAAAAUAGUCCCAUCAUUUUCCCAUAUUCUGGGGAGAAAACCCAUUGGAUUCCCAACAUUGGUAUUUUAAAAAAUAUUUCGCUUCAUUUCCCAAAGUGAACCCAGUAUUGGGAAACAUAAACCCAAACUUUUACCAAUCAUUUCCCAUGAGAGGAAAAUGUUGUCCCCAACAUUUCCCAAUAAUGGGAAAAAUCCCCAACACUUUCCCAGUUUGGGAAUUACAAAAAGUUUCCUGUGAUAGAGGGUUUCUACUUGAUUGAGAGCACCAGCCUGAGAAGGUGGGCUGUAUUAUUUAUUAUCAGGCAAGCUUAUCCACGUCGUGAGGGUAAUAGCAAUAGUACUAAUGUUUCUUUUGAUGAUUUCUGUUUAAAGGAACAACCUUUGUGCGUGAAGUUUUAUGGCAGAUUUUUCACGAUGGUGCAACUAGUGAUGAGCAUUUAGGGAAGCGCGUUUUCUUUUUCGACUCACUUCCUUUAUUAAACACGAACACAACAGGACGAACAUCAGAGCCAGCGCGGGAGUCGACAUCAAUCAAGCCUGUGGUAGAUCUCCUCCCGAGUCCACGUUUAUUGGUUUCGCACCUACCCUACGAUAUAAUAACGAAAUGCAAAGAUAAUGCUGCUUCUUGCAAGUUCAUUUACAUUUCUCGAAACCCUAAAGAUGUAGCAGUCUCCUAUUUCCACUUUCUUACAAAGCUCAGCGGGGAGAUGGCAACCAAGCUGUCCUUUGAGAUGUUUUUAAAGUAUUUUCUUCAAGGAAAAUGUAAGCAACCUGCUCAAUGAUUUUUGUAGCCAAUGUAACCUGCGUGGCAGGCGUUUGAAAGAGACUGGGGAGAGGAAUUGCGGGCGCGUAAGUUCCCUUGCCCCUCCCUUGCAGGUUAUAACGGGGUUUGACUGAUGGUUGCGCAACAUGCAACCCGUACCUACGACCCGCGGCUAUUGGUCAAACCCUAGUUUUUUCUGUUUUUUUUUGUACGCUACGAGUACCCGAAUUCUGUAACGUUAAUUAGGUCAUUAUAAAUCUCGAGAAACUCUUCUCAGCUCCCCAAAUGUCCACACCAAUCUGGACGUUUGUUUUUUUGAAACCGCAUACUUUUUUUACCCGCGGAUUUGUGUGGAUGAGACCUUACGUUAGCAGAAUAACCGUCAAAUAGGAAAACGUUACUUUCGUCUGCAAGUGGCCUGGAGUAUAACCAUUGUUUUUUUUUUUAACUUUUCAAUGUAACCUAUUUCCUAAGAAUCAACAACAAACUGAGCGAUUUCUGUUGCCCUGGGCCGGGUUGUUCAAAGCUGGGUUAUGCAUCAGUCAAUUCCACUUGCUCCCAACGCCCCCCCUCCCGGGCUGACCCCCGGGCAUUAGCAUUUUUUUUGCCUUGGAUGACAAAUUCCCGAGAGUGGGGACUCUUGAGCUGUCAAAUUCCCCGGGUGGGGACGAAAAAAGAGGGCAAAUGCUCCGUCCUCCGUCAACACUGCAACAUUUUUCAUUGAUGGCACAGUCGAAUACUGCCAUUUUAAGCACUUUAAUGUGCGAUUUUUUGUUUCAAUUAACGUCUUCCGUUGUAAUAGCGCUAUGAUUCUAAUUAAGACACCCCGCGACGACAUGCACCAGUUUAUGGUUUUAGUAUAAAUACAAAAUUAUUGACAUUAAAAUUAAUAGACCGCUGUAAAGUUAUAUGUUAUGAAUAGUUUUAUUAGUUUUUUCCUGAGUAAUCCUUAAUCUAGCACCAAGGACAAGGAGUUUCAUUUUCCUGGCUUAAAACAUGAUUAAUAGCCCACGUUCGAUAUGUUAAAAUUCUAACAUGUCUCCGAGGCUUUCUGGUCAGGUUUCUGUAAUAAAAUUUGGUUUGGUUCAGUGUGCUCAUGUGCAAGUAUCUUUUGGGAACCGCGAGACAGUGGAGCCGACGAGUGCUGAAAAAUUUGCAAUUUUGUCCCUAAAGCCUCGGAGUUAUGUUAGAAUUUUAAUAUAUAGAACAUGGGUUAUUGUGGUUACAGAAUUAAAAAAAAUCGUUCGAAAUCUACCUUCAAUACAAGCACUGAAAAAUAUGACUUUGAACGGUUGGGGCUUAAUCUAAAUUGUCCUAUUUUUCAAUAUUUCGUAUUUUACAACUUUAAAGUUUUAAGUUGCAAAUGGAAUUAAUAAUUUAAUUUCAACAGAUAUUUGGCAAAUACUUGGUAAAAGGAGUUCUUAUUAAGUAACUUUGUCCUAGCCAUAACCUUUGUAGGUGUCUAACAGCCAUGCAAAUUGACUCGGUAUAUUACAAGCUUGUUUUUCUGUUCUGAUUGUCUUUUUCUAUCCUUAUAUUUUAGUUGCUUACAACUCAUGGCUGGAUCAUGUCCUUGGAUGGUGGAAACAAAGACACAAUCCUAAUGUAUUGUUCCUUAAAUAUGAAGACAUGAAAAAGGUACUGCCUGUUUAUAUUCGUUAAUUUCUAUCUCGAAUAAACGUCGAUAUACCAUAGCUUACCAUAUUUCAUAUUAACACUGCGCCUUCGCGUUACCCAGUUCGCCCUUACCUUCACCCGUUAUCGGGUGUUAUUAAUCAGUCGAUGUGGAGACAAUUUUAAGCAGCGCCGGAAAUUAUUUCCUUUUUACUCCGGGAAAUUUACGAGAGAGAAGGCAACCUUAAUAAGCAUACACUUUAUGAUGUCGGAAAACCUACACGAUGAGGGCCCCAUAUUAGAUUGCAAUACCCUGAAUACUGUGUUCGAAAUUUCAUUAAAAAACUAUUAAACUCAUCCAUGAAGCAACUUUAAUCUUCAUAAAACCACAAGCGUAAGAAUUGGUGACGUUUUUAUACAUUCUGUGACUUUAUAUUGAAAAUAGAGAAACUACGACCAAAUUACAAAGGAUUUACACUUUACCGGUACCCACAUGACCUUGCGGUCUUGCCGGAUGCGCUAUAAAUACCGACAGCGAUAUUUAAACCAGCUGAAUAUAUAAUUUGUUUUCUUGAAGGACUUGCCAACCUCUGUGAAGGCUAUGGCGGAAUUUGUGGAAAAACCAUUAACAGAGGAAGUGAUUCAGCGCAUUGCCCACCAGUGUUCGUUCGCAGAAAUGGUGAAGAAUCCUGCGUCUUAUCAAGUUUUUCCAGGCAAUGAUGACGUACGCUUUUUGCGGAAAGGAGAAAUAGGGGACUGGAAGAACCACUUUACUUCAGACAUGAAUGAACAAGUAGAAACAGAGUUUGUUGCAAAGUUAAAAGAGUAUGGACUUGAAUUUGACUACUCCUGAAUCUAGUGCAUGUAA